AUGAGCAAGAUCAGCGCGGUGGUGCAGCGCGCCCGGGCCGCCUUCGAGUCGGGCCGCACGCGGCCCCUGCAGUUCCGCAUCCAGCAGCUGGAGGCGCUGCGGCGCAUGAUCAAGGAGCGCGAGAAGGACCUGGCGGGCGCGCUGGCCGCCGACCUGCACAGGAACGAGUGGAACUCGUACCACGAUGAGCUGGUGUACUGCCUGGAGGAGAUCGACUACGUCAUCAAGAACCUCCCGGAGUGGGUGCAGGACGAGCACGUGGAGAAGACCGCCCAGACGCAGCAGGACGAGUGCUACAUCCACUCGGAGCCGCUGGGCGUGGCGCUGAUCAUCGGCACCUGGAACUACCCCUUCGACCUCACGGUGCAGCCCAUGGUGGGCGCCAUCGCUGCCGGGAACGCGGUGGUCAUCAAGCCCUCGGAGCUGAGCGAGCACAUGGCGAGCCUGCUGGCCACCCUCAUCCCACAGUACCUGGACAAGGAUCUGUACCCGGUGAUCAAUGGGGGAGUCCCGGAGACCUCGGAGGUGCUCAAGGAGAGGUUUGACUACAUCCUGUACACCGGGAGCACCGGCGUCGGCAAGAUCAUCAUGACGGCCGCGGCCAAGCACCUGACCCCGGUGACCCUGGAGCUGGGCGGGAAGAGCCCGUGCUACGUGGACAAGGACUGCGACCUGGAGGUUGCCUGCCGGCGCAUCGCCUGGGGCAAGUUCAUGAACAGCGGCCAGACCUGCGUGGCCCCCGACUACAUCCUCUGCGACCCCUCCAUCCAAGGCCAGGUGGUGGAGAAGCUGAAGAAGGCCGUGAAGGAGUUCUAUGGGGAGGACGCCAAGAAGUCCCGGGACUACGGGAGGAUCAUCAGCUCCCGGCACUUCCAGAGGGUGAUGGGCCUGCUGGAGGGCCAGAAGGUGGCCUACGGAGGCACCGGGGACGCAGCCGCCCGCUACAUAGCCCCCACCAUCCUCACGGACGUGGACCCCGAGUCCCCGGUGAUGCAGGAAGAGAUCUUCGGGCCCAUCAUGCCCAUCGUGACCGUGCGCAGCCUGGAGGAGGCCAUCCGCUUCAUCAACCAGCGCGAGAAGCCGCUGGCGCUCUACGUGUUCUCCAACAACGACAAGGUGAUUAAGAAGAUGAUUGCCGAGACGUCGAGCGGCGGCGUGACGGCCAACGACGUCAUCAUCCACCUGUCCGUGCACACCCUGCCCUUCGGGGGUGUGGGGAACAGCGGCAUGGGCUGCUACCACGGCAAGUUCAGCUUCAUCACCUUCUCCCACCGCCGCUCCUGCCUGGUGAGGUCCUUGCACAAGGAAGACCCCUUCAAAGCCAGGUUCCCGCCGAGCAUGCCCAAGAUGGCCCGCAACUGA